UUUGAAUAGAACAGGGUGUGGUGAUCUUGAUCCAUUUGCUCAGUUUUCAUUAGUUGUGAAAAAUGAACUUCUUAGCUUUGACAAUUGUGUUUGCCUGUUUUGUGGCAUGUUUGGGUGUGAAGGCCCGAUACGAUAACUACCGCGUGUAUUCGAUUGAGGUUGAAAAUGAACAACAGUUGGAAGUGCUAAAGGAUUUCGAAAGUGGUCGAGAUGGAAUUUCAUUCUUGAAAACACCAACUGGCAUACAGCAAACAGCUGAAAUUAUUGUGCCACCUCACAAAUUCGCCGAUAUCGGUGAUUUAUUCGAAGAGCAGAAAUUGAAAAACCACGUGAAAAUUGCCAAUCUUCAAAAAUUGAUCGAUGAAGAGCAACCAAAGAAUUUGGAUCGCUCCGGUUUUGGUUGGAAGCAAUACAACGAACUAGGUGCAAUUUAUGCUUGGCUUGAUGAUAUACUUAAAAAAUAUCCAAAAGUACUCACCAAUUAUACCUACGGAAAAUCUUAUGAAAAGCGUCCUCUCCGCGCUGUCAAAGUGUCCCACAAAAAGGGAAAUCCAACUAUUUUUAUUGAAUCCACCAUUCAUGCAAGAGAAUGGAUUACAGCUGCAACAGCCACGUAUUUCUUGAAUGAAUUGCUCACAUCGGAUGAUGUCGAUAUCCGAAAAUUGGCCGAUAAUUACGAUUGGGUGUUCGUUCCGGUUGUGAACGUCGAUGGGUAUGUGUACGCACAUUCAAAGGAUCGAAUGUGGAGAAAAACACGCAAGCCAAGCCCGAAGAAUAAGAGAUGCGUUGGAGUUGAUGCAAACCGAAACUUUGAUAGCCAUCAUGGAGAGGUUGGCGCUUCAACGGACCCUUGUUCAGAGAUAUAUGCCGGUCCAACGCCAUUUUCAGAGCCAGAAACACUUGCUUUGUCCAAAUUCAUCAAGUCUUUUGAUAACAUUAAGCUGUACCUUUCAUUCCAUUCGUAUAGUCAACUUUUGCUCUUCCCAUACGGGUACACAAAACAACACGCGAAAAAUCAUAAGGAUUUGAAUCAAAUCGGACAGAAAACAAAACAAGCCAUCGCCAAAAGAUACGGAACACAAUACAAAGUCGGAAACACUGGCCAAGCAAUCUAUCUUGCUUCUGGAGGUUCCGAUGAUUGGGUAUAUGACAGUCUGAAUGUACUUCUCUCAUACACUUUUGAGUUCCGAGACACAGGCCGUUAUGGAUUCGUUCUUCCAGCAAACCAGAUUAUUCCCAACUCACUGGAAGUUAUCGAUGGUCUAAAGGCUAUGAUCAAAGAAGCGAAGUCACUUGGACAGUGUAGAGGUCUCAUUUUAAUUACAAAAGUAUUAUUAAUGAAGUUAAUAACUGUGGCAAUAUUAUUUGCCUGUUUUGUGGCAUGUUUGGGUGAAAAGGCCCGAUACGAUAACUACCGUGUGUAUUCGAUUGAGGUUGAAAAUGAGCAACAGUUGGAAGUGCUAAGGGAUUUCGAAAGUGGUCGAGAUGGAAUUUCAUUUUUGGAAACACCAACCGGCAUACAGCAAACAGCUGAAAUUAUUGUGCCACCUCACAAGUUCGCCGAUAUCGGUGAUCUAUUCGAAGAGCAGAAAUUGAAAAACCACGUGAAAAUUGCCAAUCUUCAAACAUUGAUCGAUGAGGAACAACCAGAGAAUUUGGAACGCUCUGGUUUUGGAUGGAAGCAAUACUAUGAUUUAACUGCAAUUUAUGCUUGGCUUGACGAAUUACUUGAACAAUAUCCAAAUGUACUUAGCGAAUAUAAUUAUGGAACCUCGUAUGAAAAUCGUACUCUUCGUGCAUUGAAAGUUUCCCACAAAAAGGGAAAUCCAACCAUUUUCAUCGAGUCAACUAUACAUGCCCGCGAGUGGGUUACAGUUGCAACAGCCACGUAUAUCUUGAAUGAAUUGCUCACAUCGGAUGAUGCCGAAAUCCGAAAAUUAGCCGAUAGCUACGAUUGGGUGUUCGUUCCGGUGACAAAUGUCGACGGAUAUCAAUACACACAUUCAAAGGAUCGAAUGUGGAGAAAAACACGCAAGCCAAAUCCAUCAUCAACCUGUGUUGGGGCGGAUCCAAACCGAAACUUUGACUUCCACCAUGCAGAGGUUGGCGCUUCUACGAACCCUUGUGCAGAAACAUAUGCCGGUCCAACGCCAUUCUCAGAGCCAGAAAUACUUGCUUUGUCAAAAUUCAUCAAGUCGUUUGACAAUAUCAAGCUAUAUAUUUCAUUCCAUUCGUAUAGUCAACUUCUUCUUUUCUCAUACGGUCAUUCGAAGGAGCACACACCUAAUCAUAACGAUUUGAAUCAAAUCGGCCUGAAAACAAAACAAGCUAUCGCUCAACGAUAUAAAACACAAUAUCGAGUGGGAAGUAUCGCCGAAGCAAUCUAUCUUGCAUCUGGAAGUUCCAUUGACUGGGUGUAUGGCACUCAAAAUGUUUCCCUCACAUACACUUUUGAGUUCCGAGACAAAGGUCGCUAUGGAUUCCUUCUUCCAGCAAACCAGAUUAUUCCCAACUCACUGGAGGUUAUCGAUGGUCUAAAGGCUAUGGUUGCAGAGGCUAAGGCACUUCAGUACUUAUGAAAAUGUACUUGAAUUACGAUUUGACUCUAAACUAUUUUACAAAAUUAUCAUUUUAACAAUUUGUCGUAAAAGUUAAAGCAAACGAACUCGAACAACAUGCUGUAGAAUGAAGUAUAUCAAUUGCAAUACAAUCACAACAAAUGCAAAA